CAAACUUUCUAUAUAGAUAAUCUGUAUUCGUCUAGCUAUUUUAUUAGAACGAGGCUUGCCGACCAAACGAAGAUGUCAACAACUAUAUUAAUACCUUUUAUCGCGUUCGCGCUUCUUCUAUCGUUGCCUCAAGUUUAUUCAGACGCUCACGAUAUUCUUGACAAUUGCGAUCAGAGAGGAGAUGAUAGAGUGAAGUGUUUUGCUGGUGGGCAGCCAUCUAAAUGUGAAAAGCAGGGAUGCUUUAUGUGCGGAGCCAACAGAUUAUCAAACGAAACAAAAUGUAUAAGAGGAAAAGCCUGCAAAAGAACUGAUCUUACCGGAGCUGAUAACUGCUGGGGAGGCGAAGAAGGAGAAGAAAAUGCUCAUGAUUGCUUUGUAAAAUACAAAUGUGCUUGGUGUCCAGAUAAUGAUAAAUACAAGUGUGUUCGAGAUUUUCCAAAGCCUCAGCCGUUUGUGGAUAAUUGUGACCAACUCAAGCCUGAGAGAAGGUUGUGCAGAGGAAGGGCAAAUAAGAACUCUACAAAAUGCGCUGAACUAGGCUGUUAUUACUGUAAAAAUGGAAAACCCAAAUGUAUUGAAGGAAUCGCAUGCCGAUUCGAACCAUCAGACGAAGAUUUAUGCUGGCAAGGUGAAGGCAAGGAGGACCAGCAAGACUGUCUUCGUUUAUACAAGUGUUCAUGGUGUGCAAGAAAUCCCAAAGGAAGACGAUGUGUUAAAGAUACCGUGAUUCCCAAAGAUAUACCGACCCUCCCGCCACCUACAGCUAUGCCAGCACCACACGUGGACGACUGCUUUGCUGGUGACAUAAAAAGAAGACAGUGUUUCUCAAAAGGAAAGAAGGGAUUAUGUCGUAAAAACGGUUGCUCAUAUUGUCCUGAGAGAAAACCAAAAUGCAUUGAAGGCCUGGCUUGUAGCUAUGUUCCUUCACAAGCUCACAAUUGCUGGAAAGGGAAACCCGGAGAAGAAAACGCUGACGAGUGCAAAAAUAUAUAUGGAUGUUCUUGGUGCAAGAGAAACCCAAGAUUCAAAUGUGUUAGCGAUUCUGUGAUUCCAGAUCCCCCGAUAAUUGCUCCAAUCACUUGCGCCGCUGAAGAAGCCGUCAACUGCUUUCCUUUUGUGGACCGCUCCAUAAGCCUUGCGCAAUGCGAAGAUCGUGAUUCUGAAUGCAUCUAUUGUCCAGAAAGAAAAAAAGGUCCAACAUGUCUGAGAUACCGUUGUCCAAAUGGCCACCAAAAGAGAUAUAAAUCUGACGGUUGUUGCAAAAGUGUUGGCAGUAGUGUGUCCAGUACUUCAGCUCAAAGAAUUGUUAAUGGAGACGAAGCUGUGGAAGGACGAUGGCCGUGGAUGGUGCUAGUUAUCGGAGAUUAUUUUGAAUUUAAAUUGUUUUGUGGCGGGACACUAGUGAGCAAAAAACAUGUUUUAUCUGCUGCUCAUUGUCUGGAUAAAAGAGAACCAAUAGCUAGGUAUUAUGUGCGGAUGAAUUCUUUUGAUCUGGAGAGCGACGAUAUAGUGGAGAUGAAUGUUUCAAAAUUAAUUCCUCACGAAACUUAUAAUUAUAACAUUGAAAACUUGCAGUUUGACGUCGAUAUUAUGCUGAUGGAGCUGGUAGAAGAAGUUCCCGACAGCCCCAAUAUACAACCUCUGGCGCUGCCUCAAGGUGAAAUUGUGCAUGUUGGUCAACGGUGCAUUGCCAUGGGAUGGGGGUUAUCCUCGUUAAUAGAUGAAGAUUUAUCAGUCAAAUUACAAGAAGUAGCAAUGGAUAUUAGAUUGACAGAAGAUUGUAGAGCACCGAGUCCACUCUAUAGUACUGAAUCAUUCUUCUGUGCUAAUCGAGAAGAUAUAGAUGUAGACAUAUGCUCUGGUGAUAGCGGCGGCCCCAUAGCUUGUCAAAGAUGUGACAGUUGCGAAUGGUAUAUUGCUGGAAUUGUUUCAGCCGGAUCUUGUUUUGACAAAUUCGGUCUGUUUCCUGGGGUUUUUACUAGAGUUUCCUUCUUUGAGAACUGGUUGCAUGUAAAUGGACUGGAGAGGAAAAAUGGAGAAUACGACUGCAACUUUUACUGAAAAAUAGAUUUGACUAUCACAAUUAUUUGAUAUUACCAAGUAAAACUAUUUAUGUUCAAUUAAGACUCACUAACCAAGGCGUGUUUCAUGAAUUUUAUAUAUUUAUUCAAAUACAUCUCUUCUGAAAUAUUACAUUCAUAUGAUAGUAACAAUUAUAUAUAUAUAUAUACGAUUACAAAUUUUUUUUCAUUCGAAUCUCUUGUUGUCUCGACGAGGUUAAUCAAAUUGUAACUCAAGACUGUAAUAAAACGAAAUGAAACC